CCAGAGGGGAGGAAGCGCAAGUCCACGGCCCGCCCCGUUGCGUCCCACCCCCUGCGUCCCCUCCCCUUCGGCCACGGGAAAAGCGGCCGCGGGCGCCGCUGCUAGCUGUGGGGUAGGAGGACGCGGCCGAGGCGGAGCGCGGCGGCCAGCGGACGAGAUGCGAGCGUGGCCGCUGUGGGCCGCUGUGCUGGUGCUGGGGGCGCUGGCGGGCGUCGGCGUCGGAGGGCCCAACAUCUGUGUCACACGAGGCGUGACCUCCUGCCAGCAAUGUCUGGCUGUGAGUCCCAUGUGUGCCUGGUGCUCAGAUGAGGCUCUGCCUCCGGGCUCGCCCCGCUGUAACCUGAAGGAGAAUCUGCUGAAGGAUGACUGCGCCCUGGAGUCCAUCGAGUUCCCCAUCAGCGAGGCCAGAAUCCUGGAGGCCAGGCCCCUCAGUGACAAGGGCUCUGGAGACAGCUCCCAGAUCACUCAAGUCAGUCCCCAGCGGAUUGCGCUCCGGCUACGGCCAGAUGAUUCGAAGAAUUUCUCCGUCCAAGUUCGGCAGGUGGAGGAUUACCCUGUGGACAUCUACUACUUAAUGGACCUGUCUUAUUCCAUGAAGGAUGAUCUGUGGAGCAUCCAGAACCUGGGAACCAAGCUGGCCUCCCAGAUGCGUAAGCUCACCAGUAACCUGCGGAUUGGCUUCGGGGCCUUUGUGGACAAGCCCGUUUCACCAUACAUGUACAUCUCCCCACCAGAGGCCCUCAGAAACCCCUGCUAUGAUAUGAAGACCACCUGUUUGCCCAUGUUUGGCUACAAACAUGUGCUGACGCUAACGGACCAGGUGACCCGUUUUAAUGAGGAGGUGAAGAAGCAGAGUGUGUCACGAAACCGAGAUGCCCCAGAGGGUGGCUUUGAUGCCAUCAUGCAGGCUACCGUCUGUGAUGAGAAGAUUGGCUGGAGGAAUGAUGCCUCCCACUUGCUGGUGUUUACCACUGAUGCCAAGACCCAUAUAGCGCUGGAUGGAAGGCUGGCUGGCAUUGUCCAGCCCAAUGAUGGGCAGUGUCAUGUGGGCAGUGACAACCAUUAUGCUGCCUCUACUACCAUGGAUUAUCCCUCUCUGGGGCUGAUGACCGAGAAGCUGUCCCAGAAAAACAUCAAUUUGAUCUUUGCAGUGACUGAAAAUGUAGUGAAUCUCUACCAGAACUAUAGUGAGCUCAUCCCAGGGACCACAGUGGGGGUUCUGUCUACUGAUUCCAGCAAUGUCCUCCAGCUCAUUGUUGAUGCUUACGGGAAAAUCCGCUCUAAAGUAGAGCUGGAAGUGCGUGACCUCCCUGAGGAGUUGUCCUUAUCCUUCAACGCCACCUGUCUCAACAACGAGGUCAUCCCAGGCCUUAAGUCUUGUGUCGGACUCAAGAUUGGAGACACGGUGAGCUUCAGCAUUGAGGCCAAGGUGCGUGGCUGCCCCCAGGAGAAGGAGAAGUCCUUCACCAUCAAGCCUGUGGGCUUCAAAGACAGCCUCACCGUCCAGGUCACCUUCGACUGUGACUGUGCCUGCCAGGCCCAGGCUGAACCUCACAGCCACCACUGCAACAACGGCAACGGGACCUUUGAGUGUGGGGUGUGCCUCUGCGGGCCUGGCUGGCUGGGGUCCCAGUGUGAGUGCUCAGAAGAGGACUACCGUCCCUCCCAGCAGGACGAGUGUAGCCCCCGGGAAGGCCAGCCCAUCUGCAGCCAGCGGGGCGAGUGUCUCUGUGGCCAGUGCGUCUGCCAUAGCAGUGACUUUGGCAAGAUCACGGGCAAGUACUGCGAGUGUGAUGACUUCUCCUGUGUCCGCUACAAGGGGGAGAUGUGCUCAGGCCAUGGCCAGUGCAGCUGUGGGGACUGCCUGUGUGACUCCGAUUGGACCGGCUACUACUGCAACUGUACCACACGCACCGACACCUGCAUGUCCAGCAAUGGGCUGCUGUGCAGCGGGCGGGGCAAGUGUGAAUGCGGCAGCUGCGUCUGCAUCCAGCCGGGCUCCUAUGGGGACACCUGUGAGAAGUGUCCCACCUGCCCUGAUGCCUGCACCUUUAAGAAGGAGUGUGUGGAGUGUAAGAAGUUUAACCGAGGAGCCCUAUUCGAGGAGAAUACCUGCAACCGUUACUGUCGUGAUGAGAUUGAGUCUGUGAAGGAGCUUAAGGACACUGGAAAGGAUGCUGUGAAUUGUACCUACAAGAAUGAGGAGGACUGUGUCGUCAGAUUCCAGUACUAUGAAGAUUCCAGUGGAAAGUCCAUCCUGUAUGUGGUAGAAGAGCCCGAGUGUCCCAAGGGCCCUGACAUCCUGGUGGUCCUGCUUUCAGUGAUGGGGGCCAUUCUGCUCAUCGGCCUUGCUACUCUGCUCAUCUGGAAGCUCCUCAUCACCAUCCAUGACCGGAAGGAGUUUGCUAAAUUUGAGGAAGAGAGAGCCAGAGCCAAAUGGGACACAGCCAACAACCCACUGUAUAAAGAGGCCACGUCCACCUUCACCAACAUCACCUAUCGGGGCACUUAAUGACAGGCAGUCAUCCUCAGAUCACCAUCAGACUGUCCCAGGAUUGUGGGUGUCUCUGCUGUUGUGUUUACAGGGGCAAUACCUGUGGGGCGGAAUUGGGGGCUUGGAGUGGGGUGGGUUGGAAGAAUGUGGGUCUCUGUGUGUGUGUGCGUGUGAGUGUGCUGCGUGUGGGAGAGUGUGUAACUUAAAACUUGUGAUGUGUCCCAGAUCAGCAGAGCUCCUCAGCCUUUGUCCUCAGAAGGCCUCCUUCAGGGGGUCUACCUGCUUAACCUGAGGGUGACCUACGUAGCUGAGCAGGUAUUCUUCAUUACCUCAGUGGGAAGCCAGCUUUCCUUCUCAGGCCAUUCUCUUAAAGAGGAGGGCAGGGCCAAGCCCUCUCAUAUCAGAGAAAGGGACCUUGGUUUACCCUGUGUUUAUGGGUCUUGGGCCUGACUCUCAGCAGCUCUGGUAGGAACUGCCAGGCUUUGCAGCCCUGCUGUGUCAUCCAUACCCCUAGCUCCUCUCCCUUCCCUCAGGCAGAAGGAGAAAUCCGGGGAGAGCUGAACCAUCAGAGCUGCCUGUCUUUGCCAUCACCUCAAUCCAGCGUGGUUCUCUCCUAAAGGAAGUCCUUGCUACCUAUUCUUCAGUCUGUUGGGAGUGAGGAUGGCAGGGUCACCCACGGGUCAUGCCUGGCCUGGGGUUAAGGUGCCCGAGUUCCCCAGUUCAUAAUCAUAACCCUUCAGAUUUGCCUCAUUGACAGCUCUGCCCUAGUGAUUCGUGUAGAAAAAGUGUGUCACCCUUAGCCCAGCAACACCUCUUUACCUCCUAUUCCACCCUCUCACUACUAUAGACAUUUGCUACAUACUGGGAAUUUCUCUCAUGACCAGAAGCUUUUCCUUCCGGGGAGAGUGCUAUGGUUAGAGCCAGAGGUCUGGCCUCACCCUUCAGGCCUUCUGUCUCGUGUCCAAGGCACCUCCACACACCCAACCCUGUACUUCUGUGUGCUACAUCCACCCAUGGGGCUGAUUGCAUUUAUCUACCUCUUGGGUGUCUUGUGAAGGAGUCAUUCCCAUGGGUCUUUGAGUCUGCUGGGCAUAAGUGCCAGGGUGGAAUGAUGGGCCAGUCGUAUCAGCGUGUGUGGCCCAUUCUCCUAUGGGCCGGGCAACCUCAUUUUAACUCAGUCUUUAAUCUGAGAGGCCACAAGUGCAAUUUUGUUUUAUUUUUCUCAUUGGGGCACCUGAAACCAUGAUGAGGCUUGUUUAAUCUAAAGGAACAUAGAUAUAAACACACUUGCAUUAUAUUUGUAAUUUUAUUUGAUGAUGAAGAAGAAAAGGGUGAAAAGCCACACAGACCUGGGCUGGAUGCAGACACUCCCACUUGGCAUCAUUCAUAGCAAGUUGCUGCUCAGUUGCUGGGUCUGUAAGGGCUGUCUCGUCCCUGAAGCCUGCGGGAAUGGACACAUAGACAUGCUGGACCUUUCCCAAGCAGGAGGAGGUAAAUGAGCUGUUCUUGUUUUCUAGCAAAAGCAGAAAAACUCCAUUGGUGUUUACAUUUGUUCAACGUUCACCACCACCACCACUCCCCAAGAAAAAGGGAGGGGCCUAAAAACAGUGGUCUGAUGGUCAGAAAAUCUAAGUCCUGGCCUCAGUGUUGCAGCUAAGGAACUUUAAUUAAGGCAAGUUACUUUCUUUUUCCUGGGGCUCAGUUUUCUAGUUUGAAAAAUGAUGGGUUUGGACUCUAUCAACAGUCUGUGAUGCUGGGACUUACUGUGGCAUCAAACAUGCAGUCAGGAUUCUGUGGGAUGUUGAUACUGUUUGUUUUUUCAGUUGGGAGACCUGGCUCUGGCAAGAGCAGAUGUCAUCCCAUAUCACUUUUCUCAAUGAAGAAGCUUCAUUCUAUUGUCUCACAGAACCCCUUUUCCAACUGUUGUUGGUAGUUACAUCUUCUGAUGUAGCACUUAAGCUCCACUUAGUUAUUAUUUCUUUGUUCACUUUGCACAUGGUUUCAUCCACGAAUCGGGGAAGAGGACUCCAUAAUAACUAGCUGAAAUGCGUCUUCUGUAUCCAUGUGUUAACAUUGAGAAUAAGCCUUGGGGUUAGGAACAGGACAGAUGACCGAGGCCUCCCUCACUCGUGGAUUACACCUUCCUGUUGAGGAUGGUAAUGUUGUAGAGGGAUAAAUGGGGAGGGAUGAUCAUGAAUCCAAGAAGUUUAGAAUCUAACUAUAACCUUUGGCUACUGAGAAGAGACUCCACUGGAGUAACAGUUGGUCACUUUCUUUAGAUAAAAUGGUUUAUAUGAAGAAACUGUAUCAAAGGAGGAGGAACAUGUAUUCAAAGGAUGAAAAAAACAGUAAGAAUCUUGUCUGAGUUUCUGGAAAGAGGCUCAUAGUCUUUGAAGAUCAGUACUGUUUGUAUGUGGGGAGAAGCUGUAGCUGUGUUCCCGAGAUAGCAAACAGCAGUCAGUUUUGGCAUUGUGUAGGGUCAACAUCAAAAUAGCAUUUUAGCCUCAGACAAAACAGCCUGAAGAAGUUAUUUGUGCCUAGCUUUUUGGGAGAUAUUUUACGUUCAAUCUCAGGGUCUGUGGACAAUAAUGGGAAAUUCUGAACAUUCCUGACAAGUUGUCACAUAAGAAGUCAGUUCUUUACCUCUCAGAUAUUCCUAGACCAUCCAUGAUUUCAAGAUACUUCUCUUUGUUAAAUAUUCCUGGUUGAAAUUACCUACCUGACUUCCUGACUUCCUAACCACCUCCUCUGUUUGAGUUGUGCAACGGUGAAUUAAAUGUGCUUUCCAAAAAGAA